GUCAGUGCGUGGCGACCCAACUCCACUUUCCAGCUAUGGCGUCGUCUCUGCCGGAGAAGGCUGGGGUUCCCCCGUGGAGCAGGCUGGAAGGGCAGGUUGUGCUGGUGACGGGCGCCUCCUCCGGCAUCGGCCGCGAUUUCUGCCUCGACCUGGCGCGCGCCGGCUGCCGGGUCGUCGCCGCCGCGCGCCGCGCCGACCGCCUCCGCUCCCUCUGCGACGAGGUCAACGCAUCCGCGGACGCGGCCGCCAGCCAUCCCCGGGCGGUGGCCGUCGAGCUCGACGUCGCCGCCGGAGGGUCCGCCGUCGAGGCGGCGGUGCAGAGGGCCUGGGACGCCUUCGGCCGCAUCGACGUCUUGAUCAACAACGCUGGCCUCCGAGGAGGUGUUCAUUCCUCACUGGAUUGGCCUGAGGAUGAGUGGGAUAAACUCAUCAAGACAAACCUUACCGGAUUAUGGCUCGUCGCCAAGCAUGUAUGUAGACACAUGCGUGAUGCCAAGAUAAAGGGUUCAGUAAUCAACAUUUCGUCUGUUGCUGGCCUCAACCGUGGCAAUCUGCCUGGCUCCAUUGGAUACGCAUCUUCCAAGUCGGCCGUGCAUUCUGUCACGAAGAUAAUGGCUUUGGAACUAGGAGGGUAUGGAAUUAGAGUGAACGCAAUUGCGCCUGGAAUAUUCCAGUCAGAAAUAACUGCUCCUCUGUUGCAAAAGAGAUGGUUGAGCACCGUUGUUUCGAAGAUUGUGCCACUUAAGACAAAUGGCACUACCGAUCCAGCAUUAACAUCGCUGGUUCGUUUUCUGAUCCAUGAAAAGGCAUCAUAUAUAACUGGCAACAUCUUCAUCGUAGAUUCAGGCGUCACCGUACCUGGUGUUCCAAUAUUCUCUUCUCUGUAAUCUUUGUUAUUAGAUUACAAUUAAGUUAUAUAUGAGUGCAACAAGCAAUAAAAAUUCCACCUGUUCGUUUUCUGUUAGCGUUUUUAGGAGUAUCGUUACUCCAGAAACACAAUCAUUUUGUACAA